AUGCCUCGGGUGUCCUUCGCCCCUCCCUCACUGUGCCCAGCCUUCCUCCCUCUGCUGGACCGCCUCCUCCCCUCUCUUCCUCCCACCGUCCGAGACGUAGAUGUGCCCCCUCUGUUUCGGGAGCGCUUCAUCCUGUCUGGGUACCGUCCUGUGGGCCUGUCGUGGCGUUGUUACGUCCUCAGCCUCUUCCAGAUACACAACGAGACCCUGAAUGUGUGGAGCCACCUGGUGGCCGCUGUCUGCGUGACGCUGAGGUUCAUGUUGUUCACCAUCCUGCAAGGAGGGGGGUUUUCUGUUGAUGUGUCCUCGCUGCCUCUGGUUCUCUACGUUUUCUCUGCUGUCACAUACCUGAGCUGCAGUGCUGCAGCUCACCUGUUGCAGUCCCACUCAGAGCAGGCCCACUACUCCCUGUUCUUCCUAGACUACGUGGGCGUUGCAGUCUACCAGUACGGCUGCGCUCUGGCUCUAUACCUGUACAGCUCCGACACUGCCUGGACACAAAGCAUGCAGGGACAGGUCUUCCUCCCAGUCUCCGCCCUCCUCGCCUGGAUCUCCUGCACCUCUUGUUGUUAUGCAAAACUUCGUUUCCGGCGGCCAUACCCGCUCCACAGGAAGUUCUGCCAGGUGCUACCUAUGGGCGUGGCCUACCUGCUGGACAUAAGCCCUGUCGCACACCGCCUUGCCACCCGCAACUGGAUAAGCAACUCUGCGCUGCCGCUGCAUUUCCUGCAGGUGGUGCUGUUUCUGUUGUCAGCCUUCUUCUUUUCUUGCCCCAUUCCCGAGCGCUUCUCCCCAGGGCGCUAUGACAUCAUCGGUCAUGGCCACCAGCUCUUCCACAUCCUGCUGUCCCUCUGCACACUGGCCCAGCAGGAGGCCCUGUUCCAUGACUUUCUGUGGCGACGGCCGGGGCUGGUCAGAAAGUUUGGGGAGGAGAACCUCCUGCUAGCCUGCGCUUCCUUCCCCUGCUUGAUGCUCUGCUGCAUGAUGACAGCGCUCGCCAUGAGGAGACAAGCUCAAGCUCAGCUGAUGAAGGAGCAAAGAUAG